AUGGAGAAAUGGACCAGGAGGGACUACCUUCCCUGGUUAUACCCAAAGGUGAAGUUUUCCUCCUAUGCCUUUAUCCUGAUGCCCAUUUGCAGCAACCACCACUGGAUUCAUUUGGUCGCCAGUGUGUCAAAGAAAACAGUUUUGGUGUUGGAUCCCCUAGGACACCAACAUGCGGACAUCGAACACAAGUGGGGGAAGUACAUGUACACGAGGGAAAAAUACAUUCCGGAAGGGUUGGAAAAAUGGAGCAGUGACCAUCAAGCUGUAAGUCGCCAAAGAGAUGGCAACAGUUGUGGCGUCUUUGUUCUAAUGUAUGCUGAAGCCAUUCUCUGCAACGUAAAUAUGCAGAUAAUGAGGCAGUGUCAGGUGGCCAUAUACAGAAGGUACAUAAAGCAGGGACUGAUGGAUGGUACGAAAGAAGAGGAUUAGGUAUGCCAAAUUCCCUUUUGUAGGAAGCCCAAGUCUGGGAUUUGGACACAAUGUCAAGACUGUUCCAUCUGGGUGCACCUACAGUGUUCGAACAACAACAGAAGGAAAGUGUCAAAGGAGGAUCAUAUCUGCCUGUUGUGUGUUUGGCGGGAAGAAUGCAAACUUGGAUGUUAAUGUUGUACAUCCUUAAGUUGCUACUCUUACGGACCGAUCCGGACGGUGGUUGCUCUUUUUUGGCACUGUGUAUGAUACCAUAUUUGACUGUUGUGUUUAGUGUGAAGAAUGCAGACUUGAAUAUUAAUAUAUUAAUGAUGCUAUGUACACUUUGUACUAAAGAUGGUAGGGGACACCUCCAUAUUUCAUGUACUAUUUAUCAAAAUAAACAAAAAAUUGAAGAGUAAUUUAAAAAUAGUUUCUUUCCCAAAUUGGUCAUUUAACAGUGUAGUGCAGUGGGUUAGAGGUUUCUCUAUGAGUCUGCAAGUCAUGAGUUCAAAUCACGCUGUAGAUUUUAAAAUUUUUACUUUCUCAAAAAAGUAUUUUUUUGUUAAAUAUUUUGAGAUUUCCAGUGAAAGUAUUUUAAUUUUAAUGAACUUUCAUCCCGAUAAAUUGUGAUAGAUGUUCCAUACCACCUUAAAUUGUCUGAAAAAGAAAAAUGUUAAUGUUGUGUUUGUGUAUAUUGUUGAAUACAUAUUAUUUAUUAUUGUAUAAUUUGAAGUCUGUUUUGUU